AUGUCAGAGCAACCGGAAGUAGGAAUCUCUCAUACUCCUCCUUUUACUGAGGAAACUGCUAGUAAGGGGCAGAUUCAGGAUUUGAAUGCAGGCAGCCUGACUCUGGAGCUCUUCCUCUUAACGGUGACCCUCGCAUCUCUUCAAGGACACAGAGACCUGCCUGUGGUGAGGAGGGGCGCCCACACCUGGCCUUGCCCCUCAUCCACUCUCAUUUCCCCAUGGCAGGUCCCGUACACACAGCAUGUGUCACUGUCUGUCGGUUCUUCAGUGACAAUCAGAGGGAAACCUGCCAUCUCUUUCAGCAAGAACCCACAAAUGCAGGUGGAUUUCCACACUGGGACUGAUGAGAACUCAGAUAUUGCUUUCCAUUUCCGAGUAUACUUUGGCAUAUCUGUGAAGAUAAACAGCCGUCAGAAUGGGAGCUGGGACUGUGAGGUGGCAUCCUGUGAAAUGCCCUUUGCGGAUGGCCAACCAUUUGAAAUGCACAUCUUGGUGCUGCAAAAUGAGUACCAGGUAAUGGUAAAUGGCCAACAAUAUUACAGCCUUGCCCAUCGACUGCCACCACAAUCUGUGAAGUUCCUGCAGGUGUGGAGAGAUGUCUCCCUGUCCUCAGUGUGUGUCUGCUAGAGAGGGAUGUGACCAGACUCCCCAAUGUCAAGGAGAUUCUUCCAUCUAAGUGACCAUGUGACUCCCAGAGUUCACUAACAGAAUGGUGCCUCCUCAC